CAGCAGGGUCGGUUUACCUUUCAGUUCUCAUGUCAGCAGCCAGGACGGGCAGGCGGGUGUUCGGGCUGUAAAAUCCUGAAUGUGAUGACACAACAGACGUCUCAAGAGGAUGCCAGAAAGUCCAACAGAGGAGCUGCAAGGCAAGAAGAAAGAGACUAUCAUUCUGACGCAGAUGAUGUGACCGAGGAUCAUCAGAGACAUGGGAGGAUGGCUGCGGAGUCUCCCGAUCAGGACCAACAGGAGCCAACAUUCAGGAGGAAACCAGCCUUAGUUAGGUCAAAGACUUUUGACAACUCGAUGCUGACUCAGGUGCAGAUGGACUCACACUCCAAGAUAGAGAGGAAGAAGUCCCACUACAGCCAGCUGUCAAAGAGCAACGGUCAGUUCCAUAAAAUAUUCAAAGAGAUCAGCAAAGAGGAGCAGCUCAGACAGAGUUACACCUGUGCCCUGCAGAAAGACAUCCUCUAUCAGGGACGGAUGUUCGUCUCUGAUCACUGGAUCUGCUUCCACUCAAAGGUUUUUGGCAAAGACACCAAGAUUGCCAUACCAGUGAUGUCUGUUACAAACAUCAAGAAGACCAAAACUGCCAUCUUGGUUCCAAACGCGUUGGUGAUCGCCACGGCGAAUGACAGGUACGUGUUCGUGUCCUUCCUGUCCAGAGACAACACCUACAAGUUCCUGAUGUCUAUCUGCUUCCAUCUGGAGGAGAAGAGCCCAUGCAGCAGCCCCAUCCCCUCCUCAGCUGAACACAGCUUCAGAGGUCAGAGGUCGCCGCUGUCGCCACGCUUUCCUCUGAGUGACUUCAGUGACCUGGAUGGAGCUCUGAGACAGAGGAGGCAGGAGAUGGAGGAGAGCAGCAGCUCCGACUCUCAGGCUCCAGACUUAGCAGAGUUUCCUGUUCCUCCCUUCCUGGAUGUGCUGAAGCACACGGACAACACGACACCCCCUGAAGAGCAGCUUAAAGCUAGGAAGCAGCAUCAGAACCAGCAGAGCUCAGACAGCAAGCAGCACAACACACUCCACACUGGUUCAGAGGUGACGAUGGAAAACAGGGUCCUGAAGGCAGCAUCUCUCAACAAUCUGCUGAUUAUCUACAUGUUUCUAGUGUGUGUCCUGGUCUUGUCUUCCUGUUAUCUGGCGUUUAAGAUCUUAUCUCUGGAGCAGAGACUGUCGGCGCUCGGCUCCAUCACAGACUUCAGCCACCACGAAAGCGGCUUCCUCUCCAGGAGUGCGGAUGUGAACACGGAGGUCUUCUCUGAUCUGUUGACCAUCAACCUCCUGAAGCUGGAGAAGGUGCAGAAGAACCUGCAGAAGCUGCUGGAAGAAGCCAUCUGAAUGUUGAUGAACAUGAAACAUUUAGGUUUCUUACAAACUGAUCGUAUGACAUGAUUUCUGCCUACGUAGAUAAAAGAAAACGUUUUCCUUCUCACAGAAUCAUCCAUGAACUGUAGCAGCAUGUACAGAGUUCUUUUCUGGACAAUCAGCUCCAUCAGCUUCAGAGUUAUCCCCAAAACAGAA